AUGGGAGAUGCAACAUUUCUCGAUAGAAUGCUUCUCCAGCUUCGUUCCACUUGCAAGUAUUACAGCGGUUACCCUAAGGAUCUAGGUCCAUCGCGGGUUAUCCAUUUUACGUCGGAAAGAGAGUUUGUCCAACUCCUUCACCAGGGCUAUCCUGUGGUCGUCGCAUUCACCAUAAAAAGUAACUACACAUCACAUCUUGAUAAGAUGCUUGAAGAAUCUGCUGCUGAGUUUUAUCCCAACAUCAAGUUUAUGCGUGUUGAGUGCCCAAAGUAUCCUGGAUUCUGCAUAACUCGCCAAAAGAGUGAAUAUCCUUUCAUUGAAAUCUUCCACAGCCCACAGCAAGCGGGUAAUGAAGGAAAGGUCCAGGAUCCGAAUAUCACCAAGUAUUCUGUCAAAGUCGUACCUUACAACUAUGAUAUGAGUCCCUAUGGAUUCAGAGAAUUCUUCAAGCGCCAGGGUGUUCGUACUUCGGAUCCCAAGUGA